AUGAGACUAACCAUUCGUAGAAUCAUACUUGCAUCGUUAGCAUUUUUCAUAGUAACCUCAUGCAUUUUCACAUAUAUAUUCUCUGGCAGCCCUGGGUUGUCGGAGAUGAUGGACGUUGUGUACCAACGUCAAGACAAAUUCAGCAUAGAAGGAUUCAGAGAGAAUGAUAUCUCGGUACGGAGGGAGUUGCAUUACUCAAACAAGCAAGAUCAUAUCUUUGAAGACUUUGUACAGCUGGAUCAGUCUAAAAUUAAGCAGAACAAGCAGAGCGGCGGAAUAAGAAGGAGACUUGGUUCCAAAGCAGAGACAACUUACGAUCUAAGUGAAUGGGAACAAUUACCCAUUGGUGAGCAAUGUGGUGCAUUUUUCAAUCAUUGGAGGCAAAAGAAUCCUGAUUGGAAGUACAGCAAGGAUCUUAACUAUGAUAAGAGUAUUACGGAUAAGGGCUUCUUCUUUAGACUACAGAGAGAUAGAGUUAGGGAGCAAAAGAAGAGUGCUAAGAGACCGAACCCUGAUGUCAUUACUGUAGAGGACAAUAUCGCAAUAGAAGAGGAAUACAAGAGAAUAGUUGAUAUGACCAUGGCCACGCAGAGAAAUAUGGUCGAAACCACCCUGUUAAUCAGACUCUUCGGCAAGUGCUUCUUGGAGAAAAAUAACAAGGAUGCUGAGCUCUACGAAGACUUAGCUAAGAGAUUCUUCCCAUAUAUUAACGGACAGCUUCCGUCUUUCGAAAAUGCAGUUACUGGGGAGAGUGUAGUAGACGGAUACCCCGGAGCCACUAAACCAUAUGAAUUUGGAAAGGAUCAUUUGUUUGAAUACAUGCAAGACAAUUCAAAUGGUAAGGGUAUCCUUAUUUCAGCAUCUAACAGACACGCAAGAGAUCUUAUUAAGCUUAUUAGGCUCUUGAGGGGUUUGAAUAAUAAACUCCCAAUUCAAAUCGUACACAAGGGAGAUAUCACCGCUAAAAAUAGAGACUAUCUUAAGAUGGCUGCUAGUCACGAAGUCGAAGACUUCUUGGACGAAAGCUUAGCUACAGAAUACAAAUCCAUAUACCCUGAAAUUAACCUUCAAGAUGUCAAAGAAAUUAAGAAGACGUUCGGAAGCGAAUUUCCAAAGCAAGAUCUUUGGUUCGUGAACAUAAAGGAAACUAUAGAUAAUUCGUAUAAGUAUGAAUUCCCCGGAUAUGCCAAUAAGUUAUUGGCUUUAUUCUUCUGUUCCUUUAGAGAUGUCCUCUUGUUUGAUGCUGAUACUAUUCCAUUAAUUGAACCUGAAGAAUUCUUUAGAAUGAAAGAGUAUACUUCGAAAGGUGCAUACUUCUUCAGAGAUAGAAGUUUGAGAGACUUUAAUGAUUAUGUUGAAACUAAUUAUUUCACUAACUUAAUGCCUACUCGUGCUCAAAAUUCAAUGGAACAGCUCUUCAAGAUCCCAGUAGUAACUGCUCAUACAUUAAACAAUACUUAUAUGGCUGGAUGGAGACAUUUACAAGAAUCUGGAGUCGUCGCUAUCGAUAAGUCUAAGCAUUUUUUGGGGAUUCUCAUGACAUUACCGAUAAGUGUUUGGAGAGAGCCAGUUAGAAGUUCUAUUUGGGGUGAUAAAGAAUUGUAUUGGAUAGCGUUUUCAGCAGCAGGAGACGAAAAUUAUAUUUUUAAUGAAAACGAGGCAGCUAGUGUGGGUGAAUUACAAGUGAGCCGAAAUCUUGUAAGUUAUAAUAACUCAAUGACUAGAGAGGUUUGCUCAACUCAUCCUGGACAUGUUAGCGCAGAUGGACAAUUAUUGUGGGUUAACUCUGGCUUUAAUUAUUGUAAAAAGAAUGGACACUUCCGUGAUAGAAAUAAAUUUCCAUACACGAACAUGAACAACAAUGACUUAAGAAGCUUGUUUGACAAUCCACUACAUAUCACACAUGCUAUUGUACCUCCUCCACUCCCUAAUUUGAGAUCUGUGGGCAAUGAGAUCGACAAUACCAAAGAGACUGAGUUCAAGAAGUUUUGGAAGGUCCGCCCAAAAGACGUCGAUGAAAUAAAUGAGUACGUUACAGAUGCUGACCAAAUAGUAAAUCAAAUAGAUGGCUGGAACCCUCAAAAGGGAUGGGUCAAGACAUCCAUUUGCUCCGGUUACAUGUACUGUGCAUUUGAUGUUGUUGAUAAUUAUUCACCAUUUCAUGAAGUUUUCGGACCAAAUCUGGGUUUUCUCGAUUACGAAAAGGCUUUAAGCAAGUUCAGUCCUGGACAGGACAAAGGGAAAUUCUUCGAAUUUCCUAAGGAAAAGGUGAACUAUUAUAAAUUUUUAUCCAAGGUAUGGGUAACAGGAAGCACAAAGUUUAAGUUAAUUGAGACGCAAGAGGAAAAGGAAGAAAGGGAGCGAACUGAAAGGGAAAGGAAUGAAAAGAUAAAAAAACUCCUGGAUCAAAAAAUGGUCAGACUCAAAAGCAAACUUAAGCAAGUCGCAGGUCAAGAGGACCCCGAUGCAAAAGAAUCGGCAGAGAAGGAGCAAGUGGCUGAAAACGAUGUAGUUCAAGUGCAAAACGUCGAGAGGCCACAAAGAAAAGAUCACCGUCCAGAACCUGGAAACCCCUUGGAGAAAAAGUCAUAG